AUGAUGAUAUUUUUGCUCGCCAAUAUAUGUAACAGAAAGAAAAAUUCUUUUCUCUUGCCUUGUUCGAGUCAGACGAAGUCGAUAAUAAAUAUUUCUUUUCGUUGAUCACGGAAAAGAAAAAUAUUGAACGUCAAUCCAUCUCCAUCGAAUUCAUCAUGUAAGCAAAGGUCACUAUAUACAUAGAAGAGAGAGGAUACAUAUAUUUCUGUAAACAAUAGUCGCUUUCUUGUCUUUUGGUUUAUACUUUAUGUAGUUUAAUAUCAAUUUAUAUAUUAAUUUAAUGUGAACAACAGCUAUCGACUUUAUAUAAAAACUUGAUAGCAUCUUUACUAAUAUUCUCAAAGCAAGCGAUACUAAUGUUAGCAAUAAAUUCGAGUACAGGAAGUACUCGAAUUCGUUACUGACAUUACCUACCUUAAUAUGCUACCUGGAUAAUCAAAUAAUAAAGUUAAGUCGCAUUGGAACAGACAAUACUAUAUAGAAGAUGACUUCUUAAAAAAUUGACUCAAUGGAUUAUCAGCACAUUCGCCUUCUAAAUUGUGAUAUUCCAUUCUAUUUAUUAUUACUGAAAUAGGUUAGAACAACUAAAUGUAUGAUUAUACUCAUAUUGAUCUUAUAUUUCACAUAGAAUUGAAUUUAUUCAAAAGAGAUAUCGCUAGUACAAAUUUUAUUGUUAACUCUUAUAAUCUUGAAGAUUGAGGAAUGAAGCUAUGUAAAUAAACGAAAAAUUUUCAAUAUUGUUGUGAUCGAAGAUAUUGAUUAACAGUAAAUUACGAUUUGAAAUUGUCUCGACUAAAGAAUAAUGAUGAUGUGCUUUGAAUCACGCAGGUUGUGAGAGAAGACCAAAAAAGCUUAUCGAUGUUUUCUGGUCUUUUGAUUACAAAACAAACUAGUCAAUUUGCAUACACCAGAACGGUAUAUUCUUUACUUUUUAUUAUUUAUGUUUAUUUAUAAAUAUAAAUUCUAAGAAAUUUAAUUUAUUUUUAAUAUAAAUUAAAUAAAACAAUAAUUUUUUCCAUAAUACCUUAGGUAAGAAAUAUAUCAUAUUUUUAACAUUUUAUUCAUGUAGUAUUCAUCGAUUAUACAUGAUUUUCAUUCAAGUAAGAGUUUCUAGUAUGAAUGUCACUUAUAAUUUUUGCACCUAAGAAUGGAAACCGAGUGAAGUUUGCAGAAAAAUAUGAACUAAGAGUGUAUAAGUCUUGAAACAUGAAAGAAAUGCGAACAAAACGCUAUUUCAGAGAACUUUUUAUUUCUGCUACGGAAUGUCUCGAUAAAGAGUAUUAGAGUAUGCGAAUUAUUGGCUCAAGGGUCACCAGAAGGCUGACAUUUUGUAUUAAGAGCAAAUAUCGUUUUGAAAAUACUGCUUUUACAAAGUAAAACGACAAAGGUUUUUCUAUUCCACAACAAGAAGUAAUAUUCUGUUUGCUUAAAAGAAUUAUCUCCUCUGUCUCGACAGUAAUUUACUGGAAAGUUUAAAAUUAGCAGCAGCAUAUUCAGGAAAUAAUAUGUGAACCAAACAUCAUUGUACAGAAAGAAUUCUUCAUCAGUGCUAUGAUUGGGCUGAUAUGGGUGUGGGUGUGACUGUGACUGUGACUGUGUAUCAGUGAAGCAUCUACAUAUAUACUCUUACACUCACACCCACACCCUAUUGCUAGAUGUAGUUUUUCAUGCUGAUUCUGAAUAACGUACUUAUUUUCAGUAGGACCUAUUUAUGAGCCACAAAUCUGUAGAAAUAAGUUAAAUGUAUAUUAGUUAUAAUUAUUUAAUUCUUAUUUAUUUAAAUAGCAUGAUAUAUUAAGCGUAACAGAAUAAUGUAUAAUUAACGUUAAUUUUAGUCGCGAUGGUUUAGCAUGUGGUACAUGGUUUAAGAAGCCACAAUUAGAUAAAUUCUGUCGUUUACUUUUAAUUCGUUCAAUCACACCAGCACAUUUUGUUAAAUCAGUCAAUGAUUAUAUAAUUGACUCGUUAGUACCCAAAUAUGGUGAAGAUGUUGUACUUGAUAUGGAAAAAAUGUGGAAUGAAUCUGAUAAAGGUUCUCCAAUGAUAUGUUUCUUAUCUAUGGGCUCUGAUCCUACUGUACAAAGAUUAUUAGCUCUAGUUUAUCCAAAUGGAAUUUGGGGAUUAUCACAAAAUUAUCGUAUUCAUCCCGAUUUUAGUUUAUGGAUAACAACAAAAGUUCAUCCUGAAUUUCCUAUUGGUCUUUUACAAAUUUCAAUUAACUAUACCGCUAAAGCACCAUAA